AGCUUCAUCAUAUGGCACAACAGUGUAGCUUACAGAUAAUACCUCUCACCACUUGAAAUCACAACCAAGAGCUUGCAGCACACAUAAAGCUAGUAGGGCGUUCGAUAUUUGAAUCGGGAACUAUGGCGCUGAACAAGGGGAGGAGCAGGGUCCUUGUAAUUGGUGGGACAGGUCACAUAGGCAAGCAUAUCGUCGCCGCGAGUGCCCGCCAUGGCCACUCGACCUCCGUCCUUAUCAGAGAUGUUGCACCGUCUGAUCUAGCCAAGAUGCAGCUCCUCAAGAGCUUCAUUGAUACCGGUGUUGCUCUCAUCAAGGGAGAUUUAUUCGACCAUGGGAGCCUCGUAAAUGCCAUAAAGGGUGCAGAUGUGGUCGUUUCGGCUGUAGGGCCCCGUCUGGUUGCCGAGCAGACGAGGAUUGUCAUGGCAAUCAAGGAGUCUGGCAACGUGAAGAGGUUUCUGCCGUCCGAGUUCGGCUCCGAUGUAACGCAGGUGCACACCGUAGAUCCAGCGGCUGCAUUGUUCGCUCGUAAAGUCAGCAUUCGCCGUCUGAUUGAGGCAGAGGGCAUACCUCAUACAUAUGUCUGCUGCAACUGCUUUGCCGAAACCUACCUUCCAAGCAUCGGCGAUGUUACCGCUGUUGGCGCUGGUCCUCCGUCCGACAAGAUCACCGUCCUAGGUGAUGGAGAUGCAAAAGCCGUGUUUGUGGUGGAAGAAGACAUAGCUGCCUACACGAUGAGGGCGGUCGACGAUCCUAGAACCCUGAACAAGAUCCUGUACAUGAGGCCGCGGGCGAACAUCUUGUCCCACAACGAGCUCAUCUCGAUGUGGGAGAGGAAAGUGGGCAGGAGAUUCCAGAUCGUGCGCAUCCCAGAGGCAGAUCUCCUCAAGUUGAUCAAGGAGUCGGCGUUCCCUCUGAACAUAUUGCUCUCCCUCGCGCUCUCCAUCUUUGUCGGGGGUGACCAGGCCAACUUCAAGAUUGAACCAUCAUUUGGCGUUGAGGCCACUGAGUUGUACCCCGACCUAAAGUACAACACUGUCGACGAGUAUCUCGACCGCCUUCUCUGAUAGUUUUUGGCUGGCUGGAAUGACACACAGCCACAGUCGGCAUCUACAGUAAAGAUCAUGAAGAGCCCCCACCAAAUCCGAUGAUGUAUGUGGUUUUGUUUGUAACAUGUGUAAAUUCACUAUGAAUAAAUACCUCUGCUUUGCCGAAAAGCAUGGAAUUGCGCUGUAAAAGUUGAUAAAUCAUCAACUCCUUUAUAACACGAAGCUUCCUAGUUUUCAAGACUCCACGUUUAA